UUGGUGAUGGAGCAAAAUGCUCUUUCAAACAACAUUUCCGACCUUUCCAAGCAUUUACCACGCCAAUUUUCCUCGUCACUCCAGUCUCUCAAGUCGAUUCUUUCCACCACUAAACCGCACACUGACAAAGUUCAAAAAGCUCUUCAAGUACUUUUACCACAAAUAGCAGCGACUCAACCCCUCAAACCGGGUUUAGUCAGUUCACUCCUUCCAAUCUUAGACCCACUCUUCCUCUCUUCAAAAACAUUCAAAACAUUUUUAAAAACAUUUUUGGAGACCUUUGUCCCUAAUAACACCCCCGUGUUACUCCUUUCAACCAAAAUAGUGUUUCAGUCUUCUAAAUUCCAACUGGACAACGUCUCCCAUAUUAAAGUACUCAGUUACCUCAUCGACUCGGUCGUCAUCUCUUCAUUCUCACCUAAUUUGUUAUCACAAUGCGACCCAAAAAGUGUACUCACAGACUACGUCAAAGCAUUCAUUAGGAAUUAUGGAUCACAGACUAACUCUAACGUAUCACCAGUCAUAUUCCCCCCAUCACCGUCACCACUCAUAUCACCAGCGUUCGGUGUAACAAUCACUCGACCAGUUCCAUUAACUCUGUCAACCCACACCUUCAUGAGAAAUUGUAAUACGCCAGGAGUCAGUAACACGUCCAGUUAUGUGAAAAGAAGUCUCUCUUCGAUGUCGCCAGAGGAGGAUGCGAGCGAUGAAAAAGAAAGUGUCCACCAAUCGAAAGUGCAGGCUAUUUUAACUCAACUGUUGGUCACUGCGACUACCCCGUGGGCAGAUCUGAACAGUCAAUUAGAAAAGGCGAAAAGAACGAUAUUGAAGCUUGACCAGAAGAGCUUAAAGACUGACAUUACAUGCAAAGAGGUUGCUAUAGAAAUGAUUAAUAUAGUAUUGUUCAAUUGUAAACCAAAUGCACUGACCACACACAUCAAAGAAGCCCUAGUGAAGAUGUUUAAAACGUCUGCGCUGUGCAAUUUGAGAAUUGCGGAGCUGUGUUCGGACAUGCUCGGAAUCCUUUUGACACGACACGGCUCGCAUUUCAAAAAUGAAUGUCGGCAAAUUGUGUAUGGGAUUGUAACGGAAUUUUCGAACCAAAACAAAUUGGCUGCAAGCGCACUUCUGAGGUUGACCCAUUCGAGAGAUACAUUGAAGGCAAUUUACUUGUUGUAUGACAAAGACUCACUUGGGAGUGCCGUGUUCAGAACAAUUGUCGCAACGUUUUCAGCGAAUGUUGGAGUGUCCAGUUUGAUAUGCGAAGAAGGCUUGAAACGGUGUAUCGAGACGUUUUCUAAAACAGUGGAGACCUACACACUUAUAGAGGAGAGUAAACACCCCAAUUACUAUAUUGGACCAAUUAAAAAGGCUGUGGAAUUGUGUCCAUCGAGUAAACCGAUUGUUAUUGCAAACUAUUUAUUGAAGGACAAAACAUUGGAAAGUACUGCGGUAGGGUUUUACUUGACGAAUAAUGAAGAGGUGUUAUCCGAAUACAUCAAAUUGAAUGAGACGAGUAAUGGGAUUUAUAAGACCAUACUCGACAUCUUGUCGCGAUUCAAAUUGCCAAAUGACAGUUAUUCAUUUGACGUGUUUGUCAAAGUAUUAACUGAGAUAUUCACUACGAAUAACACAAAGAUAUCAAACACAAAAGGCGAUGUGGGUGGUACUAACAUCAGUACAAGUACGACUGAGAGCUUUAUUCGAUUGUCGUUACUGUUUUCUUUGGACCAAUGCGAUAGACCAGUGGUCGCUGAUUUCAACGACUUUGUGAGGCGAGCGGAUAACAACGGAAUCGACCACAUCGAGACUUUAAUGCAACUGUACGACUCGAUUGUGGAAGAGCCGUUCACGAAAAUGACACUUCCCCAAAUAUCGGAUGACGACGUCGAUAUGUUCCAAAGCUGUUUCAGUUCACUUUUGAGUGGGUUACAAGUACUUUACACUAUUCAAGUUGAUGUCUUCCAAGAGAUGACGUCGUUACUUGUCUUUUCGAUGUUUUCACACGCCACAAAUGAACUUCAAACAUUACUGGAAAUUCUGUGUGAAUGGUCACAGAAUGGAGGCGUACCUAAAUUUCAGAGAAGGAAGGCUGCACUUCUUGUGUUGCAGUUUGCAUAUACCUUUGGGGACUAUUUGGAAGUGGUGUGGAGACUCCCACUCACCCUCUUUUGUCGAAUGCUUGACGGGAAUACAACGAACGUCCAGACUAUACCAACACAUUUCAGAACACUGCGGUAUAAUAAAUACAUUCAAACACAUCCACAUUAUACUGCGAAUACAAAUACAGUGUUGAGUACUAAUGUGGUCUGCGUCGAGUGCCCGAACGAAAUUUUGUUACAAGAGAUCUUUAAAGGGACUGGCCUCUCCCCGCGAGGGUUUGUCGAGUUUAUUAAAAGGUACUGUGAGGUCAUUCAAGACGAGUUGAACCACGAGCGACUACCACAAAAGACGAUGAACUACAUCAUCGUUCUUUUAAAUUGCAACAAACACAAACUCUUCUAUGUGUAUGACCAAAUAGGUAGUUUCCUCUUUGAGAUGUUCACUUCGUUUGCAUUACAAUACAACGGACAAGUCGCCAAAAUAGCAGUGGAAGUGUUAAAUUCGUAUUUUUUGAUAUUGAACA